AACCCAGCCAGCCAUUGCCACUUUGCAUAGCAUAUGACUUUGAAGUGUCCCUCUUUUUAAGUUGAAUCCUCGACUCAAGCACGAGCGAGCUAUCCGUACGCUUGAUACGAAUACACCGUGCCUUGCUUUUGCCAUCCAUCCAUCCAUCCAUCCAUCCAUCCAUCCAUCCCGCUCCGUCACUCCCGUAUCCGUACCCUUCACCCACAUCACAUCCACCCGCUCUCUUACAUACAGCCAAUCCCUCUCUCGUUCCCUCCUCCCUCUCCCACCUAACCCCCCUUCGAGGCCCAAAUCCAUAUUUGCUGCACAAUCCCUGGGUCCUUCUUUAAGCAGUCAAGCUUCCGCACUUCUUCUCGUUCGGGACAAACCCGGCUUUUGCACUUACGCACUCACUCGAGUGGCACUCAUUCGUCGUCGUUGGUUAUUACUCGCCUGUUGCGAAACUGGUGGCGAUUCCAGCCAGCAAGGAAACAGAGACAGACAGAGAGAGAAAGGCAGACAGACAGACAGACAGACAGACAGAGAGAGAAGGAGAGAGCAAGAGAGAGCAAGAGAGAGCAAGAGCGAGAGCAUUGAGAUGUAAACGCGCCCAAGAGGCCGCCCACUUGCGCCGAUUCGCACCCAAAUCUCAUCGAGAUCGAAACAGAACAACACUCCGCCCACACAAUACGAUCAUGCACUCAUACGGACACCGGUCCUUGGACGAACAACCCAGUAUCACACGCUAACACACAACAUACACACCCAUCCACCCUUCCACACACAACAUACGGAUACACAAACAUAACGUCCACACUCACUGCCUGUCCGCGACGUACGCCUCGUUUCCGCCCUCUGGCCGAUGGGAAUAUGGCCAUUUGGCCCUUCCGCCGGAGAAGCGGUCGCAAACGCCCACGAAGCGGCGCCAACAUGUCUGACGUGGAAACACCACAAGCACGACGAGGUCUCACAACGACGGACGGAUACGAAGCCACCACCCUCGCCACGUCGGCGGCGGCGGCAACGGCUGCUGCUACACCCAAGAAGCAGCGCCUCGAGAAGCACCCACACUCGCCCUCGCCCAGAAGAGAGCGAUCCUACAGCUUCUCCCCCGGUCGCAAGGACUCCAUCCGUGUCGCGGGGCAAACAGGCUCGGGUCCACCGGUCCCUGGCCGGCUAGCAGGGCCCUUCCCAGCCGACCGAAAUGACGGAGAAGAAAAAGGGGAUCCGGAUGCCGCAUGGGAGCGGGCGCCAACCCUACAUAAUAAUGCACGCCACCACGGCCAGCACCAGGCCGCCCGUCCAGCGCCGCCCUCCCGCCGGAAGACAAACAACAGCAAGAGGAGGAGGACGACGACGAGAGCAGAGACGACGACGGACCGCGAGGCGGAAAUCAAGGCCAUGACUCACUUCGCCCCGGUACGGCCGGCGGCCGACACUUGGACGUCGGGGCGGCCCAUCAGGAAGCAGAGCAAGAGGCUCAAGACGGGCCUCGGCUUCCACGGUAACAGCUUCGACAACCCCCAGUCCGACGUAUCGCUACCGAUGUCCAUUCACUCGAGCAUGUCGUCCGAUACCGAACUGCAUUCCUUCCGCGUGUCUGCCCUCGAGAUACUGGCACCCCGGCCGACGCUGCGGUAUGCCGUCUACCCACGAUGGGAGCCCGGCAGUGGCUCGGCGCCGACGCGCACACAGCAACAGAAGAGGAAGGUCUCGGAGAGGGUGCCCGAGUCGGUCGUUAGGGCACACAAGAGGGUCGACAGCUUUGCCGACGACCUGGACGCCGCCGACCUGAGAGAGCUGAUGGAACGGGACAACAGGAGGAGAGAGAGGAAACGACAGAGAGACCAGGAACGGGUGGAACGACGGCUGGCGCGGAGGGCCGAGAGGCAUCGCGAGAUGGAGGCCGAGGCCAGGCACAGCGGCUCGCCGCCGCCCGUCAACAUGGAGCGCGGCGUCAUGGGCCGGGAAGCCGGACUCGGCAUCGACGCGCCGUCGGCCGUUGUGACGUCCUCGAGAAGACGCUCGUGGAGUUCGUCGAGGCACUCACAGAAAAUAUCGACAACAAGGGAAGCCGAACCGCACCCGGAACCGAUGGAGGUCGAGUCGGAACCCGUGGCGUUCCUCCACCACUUCCACCGAACGACGAGCAUCCCCCCCGAGGCGCCUCCGUCGCCGACGCUGCCCGCGCAGCCCGUCCCCGAACGCAAGCCCAGCACCAAGGCGGCCACCCCCAAGGGCAGCAUGCGACUGAGACGGAGUUUCCUGCGCAGGAUGUCGAGGUCGAGGUCGCCCAACGCAACCGAGUCUGACCAGAACGCCGUGUCGCAGUACUCGUCGAGACAGGAUGAGAGCGACAUCACCCCACGGAAGAACUCCGAGUCCAGCAGCCGCGCCCGCAUUUCCUUCUCGGCCCUCUUCCGGCUCGGGAAGAGGAACAGGAGAAACUCGGGGCCGUCUUCGUUCUCCAAUACGUCGCGCGAGGAGAUGCAGGCGGCGGCAGCGGCAGCAGCAGCGGCGGCGGCGGCAACUCAGACACAACAUACGCAGAUACAGCAGCAGCAUCAUCAACAACAACAACAACAACAACAACAACAGCAAUAUCAACAACAGCAACAGCAAGAAGAGGACGCACAGGCAGCCUCGACACAAACGAUACCAAUGCCGAUGAACUACAUCCCUCGCAAGGUCAGCAACGGCGUUCCCAAGCGGACCAGGUCCCGCUUCAGGGAGGACCUGCCCGAGCUUCCCAUGAGCCCGCCCGACUCGCGCGUCGGGUCGCCCGAAGUGGAAGUGCCUCUGCCCGUCGUCUCCGAGUCGAGAUCGGGUGGCGUUGGCGGGGAUGACGGACUCCAGAACACGCCCGUCGUGAGGCACGACACCCCGACGUCGGACCUGCGGCGCGUCGACGAGAAGAUGGAGAGGCUCGAGAAGAUGAGGCAGACCCCGACGUCGCUGCGGCACAGCAUCCAGCCCUCGCCCGAGCCCGUCUCCCUGGCGUCCAUCGACUCGGAGGGCUCGUGGCUUUCGGGUCGUGUCGGCGGUGCCCGCCGGUCCUCGGGCCUGCGCGGCAGCAUGCAGCGGCUGCCGCCCCGGAUGACGACGCGCACACCCUCGCCGAACGGCACGGAGGAGGACCUUGCGGACGACGAGUACCUCUCGAACCUUGCGACGCCAUCCCGCGAGAUGCUCGCCGACGAGCGGCUGACACGCAAGUCGACGGGCGACGCGUUCCCGAGCAGCGACGAGGACGAGGUGAUGGCGGAGGCCGCCGACAUGAAAUGGGGUUCGGUCGAGAGGCAGCACGCGACCGUCGUGCAGCAUCCGAGAAUCACGAGCCGCGUGGGCAUGCUCAACUCGUUCCACGAGGCCGGCAGCAACAGCAGCACGUCGUCAGAGUCGCCCGAGGAGGCGUCGGAGAGCGAGGUCGACGGCGAGUCGCCCAAGGUCCAACGCGCCACGAGCGUGAGCCUCAGCAGGGGCAACGCCCGACAUGUGAGCUCGGGCAGCACCAAGGCUCUCGAUGUUUCGUCCCCCGCGCAAGCAUGAACCAUCUAGGAGGUGUCACCCACUGAUGGUGCAGAGUGGUGGUGAUGAGUUUGUGAGAGGAGCGUUAACCCAAGAUGACGAGACAGGAGAAGGAGAAGAUUUAUACACACACACAUACACACACACACAACACAGCCAGCCCAGCAGAGCAAGCCGACGAGAGAAACACACAAGUCACUCAGACUCCAAUUUCCUUGACUCUUUCAGGGCCGAGAACUCUCGACCCAAACCGACGCUCAUUACCAUUUUCCUUAACAGUCUUAUCUCCACCGACCAUAUUCACUCAUUCAUCUCUUAUAUUUCCUUACCACUGACGACAAAGAAAACUUUGCAAAAAAAAAAAAAAAAAACACUUGGAAAAAUCUACACAAAAACCAAACUCCCCCGACGACUACGCUCAUAGCUGGCUGGCUAUUCAAUCUUCCUCCCAUCUUACUCCCGUCUACCGAUACUCUCCACAACUCACGCAAUCACUCACAACCACCUUACCGCAGACCUUUUCUUCCCCUCUCAACUCGACGGGGGAGGGGAACAGACUGCAUCAAUCCUUUCACUGAGGAUGGGCCCCGGCCGAUUCUCAUGUACGAUACGACCUUACGACCCGCUUUCUUCUUUUAUGACGCCCGGCGACGACGACGCAUGCUGCAUGAUUAUCCAGCGAGACGCGCGUAUCGGCAGGCUUUAUUCGUUUCACGUUCUGGUUAUGGAAUAUACCAUUUGAUACCACGUCUCCCUCCCCCUCCUUUUC